ACUGCAUCCGGAUUAACUCAACGGGGGAAAUUAUAGAUGGGGUUACAGGCCGAUCCGCGUCCCCGGAGAGCUUGUGUGUUCCUGCGGGAAGAGCAAGGUGAUUGGAAUCCAGACUCUCCUGGGACCUUCAGACAUUUCACAGUCUGAAUGUCAGCAACUGAAAAUGCCUUUAGACGAUGAAGCAUCUGAAGAUGACUCAGAUUCAGUUUCUUCAAACAGUGCAAGAACCUACAUUUUCCAGUGAGAGAGAGUAACAACUUCUGUACGCUAUGGAAGAUUUUGACUUGGGGAAACCCUUACAAAAAGCUUCAUCUUCUGUAGAAUCUGAUAUAAAAAAUUCUCCCCAUUCUCUUGGACUGAACUUAAGUACUAAUAGAAGUAGUCCCCACCUUAGUACAAAUGGGGUAUCCUCUUUCUCAGGGAAGACCAGACCGUCUGUAAUUCAAGGUACAGUUGAAGUCCUAACCUCUUUAAUGCAAGAGCUACAAAACAGUGGAAAGACUGAUUCGGAACUUUGGAAAAACUGUGAGACUCACCUUGAACGCAGCAGCUAUCAACACAGACUGAUACAUCUGCCUUGCACUGAUGAUCCCGCACUGCAACUGACCAGGUGGUUACAACUAUUCAAUUUGGUGGAAAAACAAUGCCAAGAGCAGAUAGUUGCCCAGCAGGAACAGUUCCACAACCAAAUUCAACGUAUACAGAAGGAGAUAAAAAAUUUAGUCAAGUUACAGACCAAUAAUGCUUCCUGGGCUUCCUGUGAUAGAAGUUCUUUAAGCAGACAAAUAUCUUCAGAAAGUCAAAUGGGUUUUUUUUCUGAAAACAGUGAGAGAAAUGAAUCUGUUUUCAGUUAUCCCAAGUCUAAAGAACCUGAAAUGCAGCAAGAAACAUCCAUGUCACAACCAGACUGCAAUGUGGAUAGUAGCUCAGUGAGCAGUGGGUAUGGUACCUUUUGUGCCUCAGAACUAAAUACCUACAAAUCUAAGGACGCUCAAGAAUUCAUGGAGCACGCAGAGGUUUCUAAAGGACAGUCUGGAGCACCGGUGGUGCAAACGGAGUCACUUGUAGAUGGUGUGAAAAACCAGAGUUUUUAUAUACAUACAAAUGAAGAGUUUUGUGCAUCUUUAAAGGAAGAUACUCCCAUUUUUCCUGGUGAAUUUGAACACAGUUUUCUUGGUGAAAAUAAGAUUUCGGAAGUAUACAGUGGAAAAACAGAUAAUAAAUCUAUAACAUCAUGGGCUCAAAUGCUGAGGCAGAACCAACCAAAGAGAGCACAUAAAGAAGAGGGGUGUUCAAAAUCUAUGCAAGAAAAUGAGCAAACCAAAAAAUCACCAAUUGAGAAAUCUGAUUUCACUGCUGCUACACAUUCUCGAGCUUUUUACCUCAACAAACCAGAUGAGAGUCCAAAUUGUUGGAUGUCUGAUUCAGGAACAGGACUGACUUACUGGAAACUGGAGGAGGAGGACAUGUACCACUCUUUGCCUGAGACUUUAGAGAAGACGUUUGCUCCAGCCUCCUCCAUGGAUAUAUCACCAAGCCAGUCUAAUACUAGUAAUGAGAUGAAGCUACCAUCACUGAAGGAUAUUUAUUAUAAAAAACAGAGGGAAAACAAGCAGUUACCUGAGAGGAAUCUCCCUUCUGCUUCCAACCCAAAUCAUCCACCGGAGGUACUGACUCUAGACCCAACAUUACACCUGAAGCCAAGUCAGCAGAUUUCAGGGAUUCAGCCACAUGGCUUUUUGAAUGCCCUUGAUGACAGAAUAUCCUUCUCACCGGACUCUGUUCUAGAACCUAGUAUGGCUAGUCACUCUGACAUAGACUCGUUUUCACAAGCAAGUCAUGUUACUUCUCAGUUACCUGGAUUCCCAAAAUAUCCUUCAAAUACAAAAGUUUCUCCAGUGGACUCUUGGAAAAAUCAUGCAUUCCAAAAUGAAAGUAGGACCAGUUCCACGUUUCCUGCAGUAUAUACUAUUGGUAGUAACGACACCUCAGUCAACAGUGUAGAUGAAGAAAACACUGGCCUGGUACCUUUUGCCUCAGUCAGUCAGUCCCAGCUUCCAGGUACAGCCAGUGGUGUCCCAGAAUGCAUUUCACUGACGUCCCUGGAAGAUCCUGUGAUAUUGUCUAAGGUUAGGCAGAACCUGAAGGAAAAGCAUGCUCGACACAUCGCAGAUCUUCGAGCUUAUUAUGAGUCAGAAAUAAAUAGUUUGAAACAGAAACUGGAGGCAAGAGAAAUUCCUGCAGUUGAAGAUUGGAAGAAAACCAAUCAAAUUCUUGUAGACAGAUGUGGCCAGUUAGAUAGUGCUCUGAAUGAAGCUACUAGUCGUGUGAGAACACUUGAAAAUAAGAAUAACUUGCUGGAAAUAGAAGUGAGUGACCUUAGAGGACGCUUCAGUGCAGCCAGCAGUGCCUCCAAAAGUUUGCAGGGACGAAUUGAGGAAAUGAGAACGAGUAAUAAAGAAAAAGACAAUACCAUCAUUCGACUGAAAUCUAGACUUCAGGAUUUAGAAGAGGCAUUUGAGAAUGCUUACAAACUCUCAGAUGAUAAAGAAGCAAGACUAAAACAAGAAAAUAAAAUGUUUCAAGAUCUUUUAGGAGAGUAUGAGUCCCUUGGAAAAGAACACGAAAGAGUAAAGGAUACAUUAAAUAAAACUGAGAACAAAUUGCUUGAUGCACAUACUCAGAUUUCUGAUUUGAAAAGAACAAUUUCAAAACUUGAAGCUCAGGUCAAGCAAGUAGAGCAUGAAAAUAUGUUAAGUCUUCGUCAUAAUUCUAAAACUCCUAUGAGACCCUCACGUGCCAACACGCUGGCAAGCUCCGACGUCAGCCGGCGGAAGUGGCUGAUCCCGGGAGCAGAACAUUCCAUCUUCACCGGGCAGCCUCUGGACACGCGGGCCAGCGAGGCAGCCAGCCCGCCGGAGGCCACCUGCCCUCCUGGGUACCAUUCUCCUCUGGAAAAGGAUCCUUCACCUGGAAGUUCACCAACAAGUUUAUUGAUAAAAAAACAAAGAGACACUUCAGACACACCAAUCAUGAAAGCUUUGAAAGAACUUGAUGAAGAAAAAGUAUUUAAAAAUUGGGGCACACAGACAGAGAAAGAGGAUACCUCAAAUAAAUUAGUGACUCCUCGGCUAACUGACACUUCAGUCAAUGUAAGUCGGUCCCCAGAGAAAGGUGCCCAGCAAAGACAAAAGAGAUUUAAUUCUGCUUCACAGAGAUCGUCAUCUUUACCACCUUCAAAUCGUAAAUCAAGUACUCCAACAAAAAGAGAGAUUAUGUUAACACCAGUGACUGUGGCUUAUAGUCCAAAGCGAUCCCCUAAAGAAAAUUUGUCCCCAGGAUUUAGUCAUCUACUUAGCAAAAAUGAAAGCAGCCCGAUUCGAUUUGAUAUACUUUUGGAUGAUUUAGAUACUGUUCCUGUGUCUACAGUACAACGUCCCAAUCCAAGGAAACAACUCCAGUUUCUUCCUCUAGAUGACUCAGAAGAAAAAGAAUACUCAGAAAAAACCACUGACAUCCAUGUUAAUCAUAGCUCUUCCCCCGAACCGUUGCCAAGUGGAGUGAAGAAAGUCUCUGUGAGAUCAGCCUGGGAGAAGAAUAAAUCAGUUAGCUAUGAGCAGUGUAAGCCUGCCUACGUACCACCACAGGGCAAUGAUUUUGAGUAUACAGCAAAAAUUAGGACCCUAGCUGAAACGGAACGGUUUUUUGAUGAACUUACAAAAGAAAAAGACCAGAUUGAAGCAGCACUGAGCCGAAUGCCUUCCACCGGAGGACGAAGCUCGCUGCAGACGAGACUGAAUCAGGAAGCCUUGGAAGAUCGUUUGGAGAAGAUUAAUCGAGAGCUGGGUUCAGUUCGUAUGACAUUAAAGAAAUUUCAUGUUUUGCGCACCUCUGCAAAUCUUUGAGAUUUGUAGCCAUUAAAUUUUGAGACAGUUUUGUUUGCACUAAUGUGUAAUUAUGCACUCAGAAAAGGCAAACUAUUUUAUACUGUUUAUAAGCUUUCACACAGUAGUUUUACAAUCAUGCUAUUCUUUACACUUGCUAUUUUAUACUUCAGAUGGCCACAUAUUUUCAAGAUAUUUUUGUUAUGCUCAGGAAUCUCUUGUAUAUUUUACUAUUUAAAAAGUAUUAUUUUUAAAUAGUAUAUGUAUCCAAUUUAUAUCAAGAAUAAGGAAAUGUAAAUAGGGGAGACAGUUUUGUUUCUAAACAAAUAGUGUUAUCCUUUUACCAUUAACUUUGCACACCAAUUUUAUAAACUUGUUCUACGUUGUGAAUAUGAUUCUUUUAUUUUUAAAUAAAUGCUUAAGAACAGCUUCCGUAAUGAUAGACUAAUACAUGCUGAAUGCAAAAACAAAACAAAACAAAACAAAAAAACCCAGCAUACCCUGGAUUUAGUUGUGUUGAAGUUUUUUAAAAAUAGUAAUGUAAUUCGUGUUUGAACCGUGUCUUAGAGUGAAUAUUGGAAUAGUUAAUAAUGGAAAUGUUGGAAAUAAUGGAAUAUUGGAAAGCUUUGAAAGUAAGAAUAUCUCAUUUUGUUUCCCUUAAACUUCGUUAUUUGUAAGAAAGAAAAAUGAUAGAGAUGUAAUUCUCUAAUUUUGUGAUAGAUGUAGUACUUUUCAGAAAAGUUUAACAACUGGGGAGUUGUACCUUUCUGCCCAUCAUUCUGAAUGUAAUUUGUGUCCCGCCCUUGACAAUGAGGUGAUAAAGCUUUGAUGGAAAUACAGGCCACCACUCAGUGAGGUUGUAAGAGCAACCCCGGUUUCCUCAGUGUACGUGGCCUCAGCUGUCAGAUCGUCAUGAAGACUUUUUUUUUUUUAAAUUUUUCUUUCUUUAUUUAUUUUUGGCUGUGUUGGGUCUUCGUUUCUGUGUGUGGGCUUUCUCUAGUUGUGGCGAGUGGGGGCCACUCUUCAUCGCGGCGCGCGGGCCUCUCACUGACGCGGCCUCUCUUGUUGUGGAGCACAAGCUCCAGACGCACGGGCUCAGUAGUUGUGGCUCACGGGCCCAGCUGCUCCGUGGCACGUGGGAUCUUCCCAGACCAGGGCUCGAACCCGUGUCCCCUGCAUUGGCAGGCAGAUUCUCAACCCCUGCGCCACCAGGGAAGCCCAUGAAGACAUUUUUAAUCUCCCUCCCCCCCCCCCCCC